GAAAUAUCUGGCAAAUGUGUUCAUCGUAGGUUUUCUUCUUCUUUAAAUGUGUAUUUGGCGGAUUGCAACAAACUGAAAGCUAGCUUGUUAGCUACUGAUUUUAUAUUGGUAAAUCUAGCUGGACAGACGGCAAGGAUGAGCAACGAGACACCACAACCCGUUUUGGCUGAUUCUGCCAGCCAGCCACGAAGGAGGUCAAUGCGGUUGAACUCUCCAAAUGAUAAUGUCCCCAACUCUGCUCCUACAGAUGCCAUAAAACGCCGCAUCACUGUGAGGAAGAUUGCACCCAGGAAAACACAAGUCAAUGUCCCCUCCGAGGACCACACAGGAAAUGAACAAAGAUUGCUUGAAGGCAGUCGGAAGAAGUCCCAAAUCUAUACCCCAGGACCUGCCCAGGUCCCUCCACCAAAAGCCACCAUGCUUUCCCCAAUCUUGGCCCCCUCACCACCCUGUCCACAGGCUGCAGCAAACCCAGAAGACUCAGCAUGGUCACAAAAGGUGCGGCGGUCCUAUACCCGCCUAAGCCUAGGAGACCCUUCGUUUGAAAGUCACCAGGUCGAGCACUCCCCAUCUCCUCAGCGUCGGGAGACCCUGUUUGGAUUUGAGAAGCUUCAGACACCUCAGGUUCUCCGCAAGGUGGAGCAGUUCAGGGUGGGCCCUGAAGCCUUCAGGUCUCUCUGUGGAGUCAGCUCCUUCACCCUGCUGGAAGGGGACAACAGUGCUGCUCCUGACCCAGAGCCAGAUGUCAACAUCCCUGGUGUCGUUGUGGUAAAGGAGAAGAGGAGGAGGAAGAAGGUUCAUCAAAUAAAACUGGCAGAGCUGGAUGACCUUGCGGCAAAGAUGAAUGCAGAGUUUGAAGAGGCAGAAGGAUUUGAAUUGUUGGUGGAAUAAACUCAUGGGUCAUCUACAAAGACUUUGACAUGUAACUAGAAAGACUUGUUGCCAAUACUGGAGAACGGUAAUGUUUUUAAUUUCAUUAUUGUAUUACAAAGACAAUGAAGACGAGUUAACUUUUUAUUUGCAUGAAAAUGCAAACUAUGGGAAACCAACAGGAUUCAUUUACAAGACAGAAAUGUUGAUUUAAAAAAUAAAAUAAAUUUAAAAAAAAAUACAUUAAAAAAAUUCAGUUGGAAAUGUCAGAUUGGUAUCAUCAACAAUGUAUCUCAAGAAAGAAUUCUAGCUUCAAGGAUGUUCCUGUCACUUUGAUAUGUUGAUAGUUAUUUGUUUUUUGAAAUUACAACUUCAUUAGGUCACUGGGACAUAAUUUUGUGUUGAUGAGCACCCUUUAUAUUUAAAAUUAUUUGCUAAAUCAUUGUUGGAUUACAGGUGUGUUUUAACCUAUAAGAAUAGUUUACAAAGCUCCUAUCACAUUUUGUUCCCUAGAGGUUGCGCUCACCCUCUCAUUGUGGCUUCUUCCAUCACUGUUAUUUUCUUUUGUAUUAGUGUAAAUGUAAUUAGUUUCUUUAUUCCACUCAUAGAUGAUAGUUUAGAUGUUAGUGAUUAAGACUUAUUAUCUGAUCACUACUCCAUAUCAAUUGGAAACGCGUUCUUAUUGGCUGGCCAUGUCCGUUACUGACUCAAGUCUAUCAUAUGGUUGAAGACGUCUCUGCUUUAUUUCUUUUUUUUGUAAGAAGUAAUGUUACUUUUUAGAAUUGUUCUGCUAUCAAGAAUAUAAUAAAUAGUUUAAUCUGUGUAA